AGGAGGAAAAACCUCAGUAGGGUUUAUCAAAAGCUAGAGGGGUUUAACUUAACCUCAAAGCUCAGAAAGCUCCAUUAGAAAUGGCGAGAUCAGCAAGAUCCUCAGCUUCUCGCCUUCUCUACACGCUCUUCACUUCAUCCCCCUCACUCCCAACUCAAUCUCCGGCGUCUCCCUUCCUCCUCCACCGUCAUUUCCGGUUGUUCUCCACCGGAAGCGCUGCCCGUGUCAAAGAAGACAAAGGCACUCAAUUGCAGGAUUCAUUACAGAAGGUCCGAAACAUCGGAAUUUCUGCUCAUAUUGAUUCGGGGAAGACGACGUUGACUGAGCGAGUUCUGUUUUACACUGGACGAAUUCACGAGAUCCACGAGGUUAGAGGAAGAGAUGGCGUUGGUGCGAAGAUGGAUUCCAUGGAUUUGGAGAGAGAAAAGGGGAUUACCAUUCAGUCUGCUGCUACUUACUGUAGCUGGAAGGGGUAUCAGGUCAAUAUCAUUGAUACUCCUGGUCAUGUGGACUUUACCAUUGAAGUAGAGCGCGCCUUGCGUGUUCUUGAUGGUGCCAUUCUCGUCCUUUGUAGUGUUGGUGGUGUCCAGAGCCAAUCAAUAACUGUUGAUCGGCAAAUGAGGAGGUAUGAAGUUCCGAGGGUUGCAUUCAUCAACAAAUUGGACCGAAUGGGAGCUGAUCCAUGGAAGGUUCUCAACCAGGCUAGGUCAAAGCUUCGGCAUCACAGUGCUGCUGUGCAAGUACCAAUCGGUCUUGAAGAACAUUUUCAGGGUUUAGUGGAUCUAGUGCAAUUAAAGACUUAUCUUUUCGAAGGAUCAAAUGGGGAAAAAGUUGUCACUGCGGAAGUUCCUGCGGAUAUGGAAGCUUUAGUGGCGGAAAAGCGGCAUGAGCUAAUAGAGACAGUCUCUGAAGUUGAUGAUAAAUUGGCCGAGUUGUUUCUGGCUGAUGAACCCAUAUCAUCUUCGGAUCUUGAGGAAGCGAUACGCAGGGCUACUAUAGCACAGAAGUUUGUUCCUGUAUUCAUGGGCACUGCUUUUAAGAACAAGGGUGUUCAGCCACUUCUUGAUGGAGUUCUCACUUACUUGCCAUGUCCAACUGAAGUCAGCAACUAUGCUUUGGAUCAAAACAAUAAAGAAGAAAAGGUAUUGUUAACUGGGUCUCCAACAGGACCUCUUGUAGCACUGGCUUUUAAAUUAGAAGAAGGACGAUUUGGUCAACUGACAUUUUUGAGAAUAUAUGAGGGUAUCAUCAAGAAAGGGGAUUUCAUACAUAAUAUCAACACUGGCAAGAGACUUAAGGUUCCUCGGCUUGUUCGGAUGCAUUCUAAUGAGAUGGAGGAUAUUCAAGAGGCUCACGCUGGACAAAUUGUUGCUGUAUUUGGAGUUGAUUGUGCUACAGGCGACACUUUCACUGAUGGAACAGUCAGGUACACUAUGACUUCUAUGAAUGUUCCUGAGCCAGUAAUGUCAUUGGCUGUUGCACCAGUGUCUAAGGAUUCUGGAGGGCAGUUUUCAAAAGCAUUGAACCGUUUUCAGAAGGAGGAUCCGACCUUCCGUGUUGGAUUAGAUCCAGAGAGUGGGCAGACUAUUAUAUCUGGUAUGGGAGAACUACAUUUAGCCAUUUAUGUUGAGCGCAUCCGAAGAGAGUACAAGGUUGAAGCACACACAGGGAAGCCUCGUGUUAAUUUCAGAGAAGCUAUUACUCAACGUGCUGAAUUUGAUUAUUUGCAUAAGAAGCAAAGUGGGGGUCAGGGGCAAUACGGAAGAGUGUGCGGUUAUGUUGAACCACUUCCCAUGGGAUCAGCAACAAAGUUUGAAUUUGAAAAUCUGAUAGUAGGACAAGCUAUUCCUUCAAACUUCAUACCAGCAAUUGAGAAAGGAUUUAGAGAAGCAGCAAACUCGGGUUCCCUUAUUGGACAUCCGGUGGAGUAUGUUCGUGUUUGUUUAACAGAUGGUGCAUCCCACGCUGUGGAUUCUAGUGAACUUGCGUUCAAGUUGGCUUCAAUAUAUGCCUUUAGACAGUGCUAUACAAAAGCAAAGCCUGUAGUACUGGAACCAAUAAUGUUGGUGGACGUGAAAGUACCAUCUGAGUUUCAGGGUUCUGUGACUGGUGAUAUCAACAAGAGAAAAGGUCUGAUUAUUGGUAAUGACCAGGAUGGUGACGACUCUGCUAUUAUUGCACAUAUCCCUCUGAACAAGAUGUUUGGAUAUUCCACAGACCUGCGCUCAAUGACACAGGGAAAAGGUGAAUUUACAAUGGAAUACAAAGAGCAUUCUGCAGUUCCUAAUGACGUGCAGGCGGAAUUGAUGAAUGAUUACAAGGCCACAAAGGCAGCUGAGCAGUGAUAGAUAGUUCACAGAAAGGAAAACUUUAGAUGAUUCACAUUUUUGGAUGUUUAGAGAAUAAUCAUUCAGUUAGAAUGUAGGUGAGAAUCAUAGCCGGAAUAAUAUGCCGAUUAUACCCUAAAGUCCUCUGAUACUUGAGGGAAAUGAGUCAUUCCUCUAAAAUUGUACUCCGUAGAUGAUUUUCUUUGUAUAGUUUGGUUGUAUUUUUUUGUCAUUUACUUUAGUUGAAGCUGUAUUUUCGGCUUAGAAACAUGAAAACCUAAGUAUUUUCCCCUAUACUCCCGUUUGUGCCCUAUAAUUCCUAACCAAUUUGUGAA